AUGGGAUCGUAUCACUGCUCCUGCAAACCUGGUUAUAUCCGAAAUGGACGAAAUUGUACAGUUGAUCCAUGUCAACUCCACACAGUUUUAAACGAUGAAGAUCGAGACAUAGAGAACGUUGAAGAAGGCGAGAAAUGUGACAGCGAACUAGAAACCGGCUGGUAUCGUUUCCUAGACAUUCCAGGAAUACGAAUGCCGACUAAGUGUCCUCCGACUGAUACGAGGUGCGGCACGUCAUGGCCAGGGUGGUUAAAAGGAGAUCAUCCGACGGUGGACGAUGCAAUAGUAACAAGGACUGUCAAAUUUCGAAGGCGUAAAAAUUGCGAAGAAAAAACUUUAUUCGACAUUAAAGUGAAGAACUGUUCUUCCUUCUUUGUUUACCUUUUGAGAUCAACAGCUGGAUGUACCUAUCGCUACUGCUAUUCAUUUUAA